GGCACAAAUUUGUAUUUGUCCAGAACAGGAAAUUUUGGACCUGCACGAGACUUCGAUGAGAUAUUGCACCCAACUAGUAAUAAACUAGAGAUAAUCUAUAAUUACUAUGGAAUUGUUAAGGUAAAGUAUGGCAGAUGGAUAUGACAGUUCGGUAUCAAUACCGAGAGGAUCCUUAUUGGCCAAUAAGUUACUUUAUAGUGAUCUACAAUCAAUUAGUCGUAGUAGUCAAUGUAUUCUAUUGGGAAGAUUACCCCAUAUAUGGCUGCAAGAUCAUGAACCUACACUUAUGGCAAGAGCAUCAUUCAUUGCUAAACGGAAAGUUAAAACCAAAUUCAAACUGUCAGAUGCCAUUAUACAUAAAAGUUUAACUUCUAGUUCAUUAAAUGCUCAUUCUACUGGUGGUGAAGGUACCGAUACUCGUAAUGGAACUACUAAUAUUGACGCCGAACCUAAUCUCCAAGACACCAUGUUUGAUAUAUUUCAAUUUCAAAAUCUCGAAGAUGAUACUACGCAAUCAUCUCUGCAUCUGAUAGAUUUCAGUCCUAUCCUUCAAUUUGAAGAGAAAACUCUUCCCAGUUCUACCAGUCUUUUAACUUCUACAAGAAAAAGUAUUCAAGUACCUAAACAUAUUCCAUCAAUUGAUAAUUUAUCCAUAUUAACAUCUCAAAAUCUUUCAAGGGAUAUCAGUGUGACUAUCCCUAUACCGGAGAAUCAUAUUGAUGAUGAAGAAUAUGUUGUAGCGGAAAAGAAACAUAAUGAAUUCAUGAAGAAAUUACGGAAAUUUGUUGAUAAGUCAGGAGUUCAUGCUUUGAAACGAAAUCAAAAAUGGCAAGUACGAGAGAAAAUAUAUCAGGGACUAUUAAAGAAAUAUGAAGUAGGUGAUAUAGUAAAAUUAGGUAGAGCUUUGGUACUUAUCAAGCAGGUUGAAAAGACCAAUUUCAUGACAUCCUUUGGAGAAGAUGAACCAUGUGAUUCCAGAGUUUAUGAAAGACGUAAAGAGUUUAUAAUUGUAUUAAGAAGAACUAAAGGGUCCAUAUCUCCUAUUGCUGUACAAAUGUAUGAUAUCCAUAUACUCUCUGAUAAAAAUAAAAAGUAUCCGGAUGUAUCAUUUAAUUUAUUGGAUAUUGUCGGUGCACAUUUUUAUAGUGAAUUUGAUAAAUCAAUAUAUUUAUCAGUACCUCAUGAAAAUGGAGCUAUGAUAUAUAUAUUAAAGUUUCAUAAUAAUUAUUCUGCACUUAAUUGGUUAUAUUUCAUUAAACAAGCUUUAGGUCAUGAAUUAAAUCCUACUUUCCAUAUCCAAAUUCCUGACCUUAAAAUAUCAUUAAAUAUUUCAGUACCUCAUGAUAUUGUUGACACUGUAACAAAACGAAAUGAAAAUAUAUCUCUUAUACCGAAUUCAAGUGGGGUUCAGCUUCAACAUAGUCCAUUAUUUCAAUACUUAAUUGAAAGUAUAAAGGAGAAUCUUAUCAAAUUGAACUAUAAUUCAUGGAUUGAAACACUCGAACAUCCCUGGUUUUGUUUUCGUCAUUACGAUAGAUUGGAUUGGGUGCAAUAUAAUUCUGAAUUAUUCUUCAUUGAACAUCAAAUGUUAUCUGAUAUGUAUCAUUUAGAAUUUAGGGAUACUAAGGAUAGUAAAAGAAUUAAUUCGGAUAUAGAACCUACACCAAUUGAAGGAUUUCUACUUCGAUUAACCAACACUUCUGGGAAAAAGAAAAGCUUUCUUCGUUCAUUUCAUAAACUUCUGUAUUUCUAUACAAGUAGUCUGAUUCUUUUCUUUACGAAGUAUUAUCGAGCUGCUCCACCAUCAGUCACAAAUGAUAGUAUUGAAAAAUCUAUUAAGCCAAUGUAUGAAGUAUAUCAACAUACUCCAUUCAAGCUUAAUGAUAAUGGAGAUAUCAACAUUCAAGAGUUUUCUCAUAAUGAUAAAUCGGCAUUGGAAGAGUUGGAAAGACGGUCUCAACAUAUAAUAAAGGCAGAGGCUAUGAUAGAUUUACAUCUUGUUAAAGAUAUAAGAGCAAUUGCUGAUAAUAAACUGACUAAAACUCAGAAGUUAAUGUUAUGUGCCUUAUUCUAUGGUGAUACAAGUUUAGUAGAUGAUAAAUUUAUAACUGAUUCUGUAUUUGAAAUAGAAAUGUUCAAUGGAGGAAUCUUAAGACUUCAAGCUCCAAAUAAAUUUAUUAGAGAUCAAUGGGUUACAAGACUUCGAGAUUUAUGUGAUUAUUGGACUAAUGAUAGAAAGAUUAAUUUACAUAAUAUUAUUCAGACUAGAAGAAAGAAUCAGAUCAAUUUAAAAAUCAAUGAAUAUGUAGAUUCAAAUAUAGAUGGAGAAGCAAAUAAAUUAAGUUUUGCAGGUUCAAUUGCUAGUCCUAGUUUAAGUGGGUUGGAAAUAAAUCAUACUUUAAUGACGGGAUAUCUCUAUCUUAAAUCCAAAAAGCAUGCUAAUUUUAAUCAAUUUUAUGCUGUUCUUUGUCCUGGAUUUCUUGUAUUAUUCUUAAUAUUUAAAAGAUCUAUGAAUUCAGGUACUUGGAAACCAACGGCAUCUUUUAAUCAUUUCUUAACUAUCCCUAUAUCAAGUUGUUAUAUCUAUUCAGGAUUAUCAACAAGAAUUGAUUUAUUGGAAAGACUGAAAGAAAUAGAUUCACAACAUCCUGAUCGUCAUUCAAUUCCAAGAAUUUAUCCUGAUGGAUGGCGAUCAUCAGAAGAAGAGCAAAUGAGAUGUUUUACAUUAUGGUUUGGAAGUAAAAGACAAAUUACCGGUAGAGAAAAGGCAAUAUCAAAGCAUGAUUCAAGAUUUGGGAAUGAGAUGGGUCUUUAUGAUAGUACGGAAAAGAAUCCCCAUUUAGCUAAAAUGGUUCAAAAGUUAGGAAUUACUGGUAGAAGUAUUGUAUUUAUGGCAAGAUCUAGACAAGAACGUGAGCUUUGGACAUCGAAAAUUCAAAGUGAAUUAGAUAGAAAUACAUUGCUAGAUUAAGAAGUAAAUAAAAUGUCUAUAUAUAAUAAUACAUAUUAAUAAAAGUUGGUGGAUAUAGCAUUAUCGAUAUGAGAUAUAAUUUCAUUCCAGGCAUUGUCAUCUUUAGGUUUAUAUUUAUCAAUGACUUCUUGAUCGGAAUCUUCAUCCGAAU